CUCGGUGAAAUCGCUUUCCUUCGCGCACCAGGAGGGAAAACAUACAUCAGUGACGAAAACAUGACACGCUUGCACUGUUGCUCAACACGAGACCUUUUUGUUCAUUAUCUCACUUUGCCACGGCGAUGCAUCGCCACGGUGCCACAGAUCAGAUCUGAAGUGGAUGUCGCGAAUGCGCUCAGCAACCACAGGCAGAGUGAGCCCCGCGAGAAUGAUGACAUCGUCAAGCAUAUCCACAACCUCGCGCUGAAGGGUGAAACGAACUACGGUCAGAUGUCAUAAGGGCAGCACAAAUGACAGAGCUUUUCAUGAUUCAUUCAUUAUUCAGGUGUUUGGCGUCGCAAGGCAUCUCGCGUUCAUGCCCUGUGUCCCAAGUUGAGCCCUCUGCAGCUCAUUCAGAUACUCGAGGAUUUCGCCACCGUGCGCUACUUCGACCCCUCGGCAGUGCAGGCCCUGCUUCAUGGGCUGGUCCAGCAGGAACCGUUCGACGCUUCCUCUCAUGCUGUCCACGGGACAGGAAAGAUCAGCUAUGUGGACAUCCAGGACAUCUUGCGGCUCCUUGCUGCGCUGGCUGUCCUCAGAGAUCAGCUGCAGGGCAAGGAGGAUGCGGAUGAAGGGCAGGCGACAUACUUCGAGAGAGUGGUAGUGCCGUGGCUGGGAUGGGUGCGGCAGCAUGUGCUGGUCCCGAGAGUGAGGUACUUGAACGCAGUUGAGGCCAUCCGGACAGGGGAAGCAUUGGAGGAGCUGAGGGUAAGAAGAAACAUACACUGCAGUGCUGGGCAGCCCUAGUGUUAUGCAUGCAUGUUUUCAGGUGUGUGACCUUGAUACGCUUCUCGCCCUCUUGGAUCAAGUCGCACCUUUUCUCCACGCAUCAGAAAGCAAAAUCGACUUGGAGCACGUGCUAAGGGCCGUGCAACUUACAGAAAGGUAUGGGAACGUGCCUUUGCUCCGUCCACACAUGUGGUCUUCUGUUUCUUUGUUAAGGGUUCUCGCUCGGGGCACUGGUGAGAUCCUCAUUCAACGGCUGGUCGCCUCUCGCGCCCCUCGUGGCGCACCAUGCGUGGCUCCGCACCCCACUUCACCAUCGCCAUCACUUACGCUUGGAGACGGUCUGCGUGGACGCCCGGGGAGCAAACCAUCGGUGUAUCUGUCUGACGAGAAGACUGCCGAUUGGCUGUUGGGGACCCUGCUGCGAGCAGUCAAGCCGGUAGUAGAGAGGCAACAGGGUACUCUUGACACCCCAUUCGCUGUGAAGUACGGAGACAAGCAGGAUGCGUCAACUGGAAUGAAGAGUGGGAUUCUGCAUGCAUAUCCUUAAUGUCCAGGUUGCUGUUCACUUUGACGAUGCUGCAGAAUUGGCGUGCGUCGACUGAUGUCCUCGGCCCUGCCAUUCAGUCAAGUGGCGAGGAUCCUCCGUCUAGCAAGAGGCCUCAGGACGCCCCAACCGCACGUUUUCAUCCCCCCCCAUCGCUCACAGCCCCCUUGCCGGGUCAGCAGGUGCCGAGACGCCAGAUCAGGACCCCUUACAGGCAGGCCACGCGCGAUAGACAAGAGCUGCCUGUCAAAGAAGAGUUUGGACGACUGCAGGCAACGCUUCUCGAUAAGUGAGUCAAUGAGCGUGUCCAGACAAACAGAGCUAUGUCUUCAACGUGUGAUAUGUGUGUGCAGGAUUGAUGCGGAGAGUAUGUGUAAUGGUUUGGUGAAUCCUGACGGUCUCCUCCAGCUGAGCCACAUUUUGUCGCUGCUUGCGCAGACGCAGGGUGACGUACGGCGAGAAAAGAUCGGCAGGUACAUAGAUCCGCUCUGCUGGGGUAUCCUCAAGCAGCUCUCCCUCUUUGGAUUCCCUCAACUACUCGCCGUCAGCAGGCCUGCAUAUACGGCCCUCUCGUUCACUUCGGCUCACUUUGGCUUUGACGUGCGGAUGUCAGAUGCUCGAGAACGUGGUGCGUCUUGACCGUUUACAACUGAAGCAGCCUGAUGGAUACCCACAUCAGCAGUACUUUGUAGACCAGCUGCGAUGCCAGGCGACUGGCCUACUAACAGGUAGACAAGCUGCAGUGUUAGUUAUGUUGGGGAUGGUAACUUUCCCUCUCUUGUUGUUUCCUCGAUUAGGUGCCGAACCUGGUCUGGUGUGCCGCUUCUUCGCCGUUCUCUUGCCAUUGCAUCCAUCCAUAGCGCUGCCCCUCCUUUUCGAUGGUGAGGUCAUGCGGUGGUGAUCUUUAAAUUUGUCUCUUGACUGCGGUCCUUUUUCUUCUUUCAGCACACAACCACCUGUUGCGGGCACUAGCUGAACUGUCAUCCCAGUCGCACACGUCGUCGAUACCGGCCCUCACUGCCACGGCUGCUCCCUCAUCGACCGCGCCCCCUCUUGUUCAUGCGCUCAGGACAUUACACACACUGUUCUGCUCGUCAUCCGACAGUUUAUUGCGAGGCUACGUGAAUGCGAGCGGGCCCGAUGUGCCUCGUGCCAUGUAUCUUGAGGCAGAGUAUUGUCAGCGAGAGAUCCUGAAGGGCAUCGUGGAUGAUGUUAAGACAGCAGUAGAGUCGGUCUUGCACUAGCAUCACGGAACGAUGUCACACGGGGGGGGGGGG